AUCCAGCGCGAUUCUGCUCAGGUGCUUAGCUCCGAACCCCACUGGUACUAGUACUCCAUACUCCGUAUAGCCUCGAUUACUCACAAUCUGCUUCUGAUCUGUAAGCUAGUGCAAGAAUCUGAAGUGAGUUGGAUCAAUUCUUGAAGGUUCAAUCCAGUAUAGACAUCUGAACGUUUAUCUUCCACGAGAGCGGACCAGGCAGCUUUUAAAAUCCCAAACCUCUUCAGGAAUCAGAACCUCACACCCACCCCGCCGGCUCGCCCUCUCACUCAUCACAACACAUCAGAACUCACUUUUGAACUGAGUCAAUCACAAUGUUCACCGGCAUAGUCGAAGAGAUAGGCACCGUCACCGAGCUCAACCCCUCGGACGCAACAGGCGGCACCUCGCUAACUAUCACCCUCCCGCCGACUUCACCGCUCCUCUCCGACUGCCACCUAGGCGACUCGAUCGCCAUCAACGGCGUCUGCCUGACCGUAACCUCCUUCACCCCUUCCUCUUCUUCUCCUCCCACCAACCCAAGCUUCACGGUGGGCAUCGCGCCCGAGACCCUGCGCCUGACCAACCUGGGCUCUCUGCGCCCGCAACAAUCGCGCGUGAACCUGGAGCGGGCGGUGCGCGCCGACACGCGCAUGGGCGGGCACUUCGUGCAGGGCCACGUCGACACGACGGCCACCAUCGUGUCGCGGACGCCGGACGGCAACGCGGUGCGGCUGCGCUUUGCGCCGCGGAGCAAGGAAGUGCUGCGCUACGUGGUCUACAAGGGCUUCAUUGCCCUGGACGGGGCCAGCCUGACCGUCACGGCCGUGGACGAUGUCGAAGGGUGGUGGGAGGUGAUGCUCAUUGCGUACACGCAGGAGCGGAUCGUGACGGCGGCCAAGCAGGUUGGGGAGACGGUCAACGUCGAGGUGGACAUGACGGCCAAGUAUGUCGAGAAGAGUCUGCAGGGGUAUUUGGCUGGGUUGGGGGAGGACGGCGGGAAGGGAGGGCUGUUGCAAAAGAUUAUGGAGAGGGUCGUCAAUGAUAAGGGCGGUUCUGCUUGAAGCUGGGACAGGUCUAUGGUAUCAUUGUUUUUGAUUCGGCUUGUCAUGGGGUAUCUCUGUGUUUUGCGCAUCGCCUACCUAGCCUGUGAAGCUCUCCCUGCAAUCACACCUCGCCCCAAG